AUGGACAAGCAAACAGCAGAGGAUGGUACAAACAUGGCAUUUGAGGACUCACACAUUGAACUUGCUGAAGAUGUAACACACAGCAACCAUACUGACUCUGACACAGAGACCAUCAUUCCCCUGGAUGAGCGUACACCACAUCCCCAAUUACAAAUGGACCAGGCAGUCAUGAACAACCUGGGGCGACUUUUUGACCACUGCAUCCAGCAAGUGUCCCACCUGGAGACACAGAGGGACGAGCUCAUAGAAGAGCUCCUCGGUCUCCAGGAACCCAUUCUGCGGGUUAUCGGGCACCUGAGAGGGAAGCUGCAGGAGACACGGAGGCUGCUCACGCUGGCUCAGCUGGAUUAUGUAGCUGUUUAUGAGGAAGUGAAGGAGGUGAAGAGGAAACUGUUUGCCACAGCCAGAGACUGCAUCCAGAGCCAGGUGACGCUGGCUGAACAGGAGCACGAGGUGGCUCAGUCUGCUGUCACACAGGAGGAGCUCAAGGCCCACAUUGAAAGCCUCACACAGGAGUUGUCCCAGCUCCAGGAGGCCCAGCAGAACCAGCUCAACACCCUGAGGGACCAGGCCUCUAAGGCGCGCAGGCCCAGGGCCAUGAGCGACGUCAGCCAGUGCCGGCAGGCUUCGGUCAGGCUGCAGCGACGGCUCAGCGGCAGCGUGAGGGCACUGGAGGGCUGGUACGAGCCUCGGCUCAUGGCCCUGCUGAGGAGGAGGCAAGUUGGGGAGGACGCCUUGAGGAAGAGCAGGGAGCAGGCUACGGAUCUGAGGACCAAGCUGGGGCCCCUGAAGGAUGAUAUACAGAGACUUGAAGUGCAGAGAGCGUGUCUGGAGCAAAGGAUCUCUCUGAUGGAGAGGGGGAGGGAGGAGAGCGUCACACAACACAAGGAGACUGUGGAGAGAUUAAGAGAAACCCUGAGAGAACUAGAAGUGGAGUUUGAAGUUCAAAGAAAAUCUAAGACAGCUCUGGAGGAUUAUAAUAAUGGCCUUUUAAAAGAGCUGACAUUUCUGAGAGGCCGAGAUGAACCUAGUGAAGCCACUGCAGAGGAGGAUCCCUGAUUUUGUUUCCAGUGGAUAUUUUUGAGUACUUACACAC